AGUGUUGUGGUGGCUAUUGAAGUGAUAGGUAGUUGCUCCGGCGCUAUCUUACCAGCGGUGUUCUACUGUGGCCUUAAUAGGCAGGGAUUCCAUCACCACCAGACAACUGUGCCAUUAGCUAAGAUCAACAGCAGGACGAGCAGAAGCUGAGAGCAGCAGGCGCAGCAGCAACAGUAGGAACAAUAACGGCAGCAGCAGUAACAGACUCAGUAAUCACAGCAGUAGCUGAGAUCAGCUGGAAGAUGAGGUGGUGGUGGUGGUGGUGGUUGAAUGUGAUGGUGGUGGUGAUGAUAGUGAUGGUGGUAAGGUCAACCAUGGCAGCCCAGAACCCUCUUAAACACCAUCAUGAUGAUAAUGAUCAUGAUGAUAAUGACAAUGAGUUGCCAAUAGUUAGAGUUAUCAGACAAAUUUUCUUUCCGGAACCUGCUUCAGGAUUUUUGGAGAGAAUUUCGAGGCCCUUAGAACCCAAUCUCUUUACUUCCGGGGAUUGUUCCUGCGCUUCCUUAGUGAGCUGCCCCUCAGCCGUAGAUCAGAUCCAGUUAGAGUGUUCUCUGCCUGAUGGUGAUCCUGGGGUCUGCUGUCCUCCACCUACCCUCGUCGCCUCGGCGUCGUUGGUGAGCAAGAAGGUGUUCACUAGCCCUAACAUUAAUGUCCAGAUGAAAAGACUGAACUCAGAUAUGGUCAACGCUGCCUGUGAUAAAGGUCUCCAACAUGUGAACAACAUCAGCCACCUCGAGGACGACCUUAUCCGGAACAACAUAGUGUUGCCACUAGACUCCCCCGCCAGCGUCCACCUGCGGGUCUUUAAGACCAGCAAGAGAGCCAAGAGGAUGAACGAGGCCGCAGCUACCAUCGUUGCCGCGUCCUCCAACAUGCUCAGAGAUUUCAGCCUGACGCCCCAGCAAGGUGGCUUUGGUUUGCGGGGCCUGCAUGUACAGGACACCUUACUAGGAAGUAUGUGUCCUCGUCGGCCCUCCUGUGAUCCCAACAGUAAAUACCGUACCCCUGAUGGCUCCUGCAACAACCUCAAGAAGACUACCUGGGGCAAGAGCAACACUCCUUGCCAGAGGAUCUUAGCUCCCACCUAUGAUGAUGGUGUGUCUGCGCCACGCACAAGAGGGGCGGAUGGGUUCCCUCUUCCCAAUGUACGUCACGUCUCCAACACCAUCAUUCCAGACUUCGACAUACCGGAUCAAACGUUCACGUUGUCUGUGAUGCAGUGGGCACAGUUCACAGACCACGACAUUGCUCAUGUUCCCUUCCCUCACAUGGAGAGCGGGGAGGGGAUCCAGUGCUGCAUGAAUGGUCGACCUGUGACAGGUCCUCUCCGUCACCCUCGAUGCUGGCCCAUCGAUACUGCAGGAGAUCCCUUCUUUGGUCCCCAGGGCGGCGGCUGCAUGAACUUCGUCAGGAGUAUGGUGGCUGUCGGUGCUGGCUCCGACUGCACCUUCGGCUAUGCCGAGCAGCUCAACCAGUUGACUCACUGGUUAGACGCUUCGACAGUCUACGGUUCCGAGGAAGAGGAGCAACGAGCCUUAAGAGAGUUCAGAAACGGUCUACUCAAGACUUCUGGGAACAACCUCUUGCCAAUCAACCCUAAUCAAGGUGGACUCUGCGAGGGCAGAAACAAAGGUGUACUAUGCUACCUGGCAGGUGACUCACGAGUGAAUGAGCAGCCUGGUCUGACAGCCAUCCACACGCUGUGGGUGAGGCAACACAACCGUGUGGCCAGGGACCUGCAGAGCCUCAACCCCCACUGGUCAGACGAGGCAGUGUUCCAGGAGACUCGCAGGAUCAUCAUUGCUCAGAUCCAGCAUAUAACUUUCAACGAAUGGCUCCCUAUCAUCGUGGGGGACAGCUUCAUGCGUUCGUUCGGCAUCAACACCAUCCCGUCAGGCUACAGCUUCGAUUAUAUUCCAAACUUCAACCCAAGUAUGAAUAAUGAGUUCUCCACGGCUGCCUUCAGGUUCGGACACACCCUGGUGCAGGGUACCAUGAGUUUGUUUUCAGCGUCGGGGGGAGUGAGCUCAGUGAGGAUGAGGGAUCACUUCAACUCUCCUCAUCUCAUCCAGUCUCAUGGUCUUUUGGAUGACAUUGUCAGAAGCUUCACUCAGCUUCCCAUACAGAGCUUCGACCCAUUCGUUACUCAGGAGCUCUCCAAUCACUUGUUCCAGACUCCCAAGUUCAACUUCGGCAUGGAUCUUAUGAGUUUGAACCUGCACAGGGGCCGCGACCACGGCAUUGCCACUUACAACGAUAUAAGACACAUUUGUGGUCUACCUCGUGCCCAGUCCUUCAAGGACCUACUUGACCAGAUCAGUCCUGAGGUGGUAGAGAGACUCGCCAGCAUGUACAGAAGCGUUGAUGACAUAGACUUCUUCGUGGGGGGACUGGCCGAGCGCUCGGUCUCUGGUGGUCUCCUGGGCUGGACCUUCCUUUGCGUCGUGGGAGACCAGUUUGCCAGACUCAAGAAGGGAGAUCGAUUCUUCUACGACCUUGGAGGACAGCCAGGCUCCUUCACUGAACCUCAGCUUGAGGAGAUCCGUCGCACAUCAUGGGCCAGGAUCAUCUGUGACAAUGCUAAUGUAGAGGCAGUUCAGCCUCUCGCCUUCAGGCAGACCAACAUCAGAAUCAACCAGCCAGUGUCGUGUCAAGGUCCCAACAUCCCACGACCAAACUGGGCCCAGUGGCUGGGAGAGAGGCCGGCAGCCUAACAUCAACUAUUAUCUUCAAGAUGUGUUGAUGUGUGGUCACAAUCUUAGCCAAGUAGACGAUGUCAAGUAAGAAAAUGAUGAAGAAAGACGAAACUAUCAUAUCUACAGAGAGAAAAUCUUUUUUUUACACAUUUUUUUUUUUAAAUAUAUUGAUUAUACUUUACAUACCUGGUAAUUUUUAAAUUUCAUUUGUAUAACUGGUAGAUGUCCUGUCUUUAGUAACUGUACUUGUCCA